CUUUCCAUUAUCAUUCUUUGUUCUUCCAAAUCCUAGCUACAUUGUUUCAAUAUCUAUGGCCAUGGGAAUGAAGAAGGCUAGCCUUGGGAGGCAAAAGAUCAAGAUAGCCAAAAUAGAGAUAAAAAGCCACCUCCAAGUGACGUUCUCGAAGCGGAGGUCCGGUCUAUUCAAGAAAGCGAGCGAGCUCUGCAUCCUAUGCGGGGCGGAGAUUGCCAUCAUCGUCUUCUCCCCCGCGGGAAAAGUUUUUUCCUUUGGGCACCCGCAUGUGGAAUCGAUCAUCGAUCGAUUCCUCUCAAAAAAGAAUAAUAAAAAUAAUAAUAUUAGUAUCAGUAACAAUAAUUGGCAUCAUCAACAACCAGACGCUACGAUGAUCAAUUUGCUGGGGGCCCACCGGAGUGCCAGCAUCCACGAGAUGAACAUGACCCUGACUCAGAUGAUCACAGAGCUGGAGGUGGAGAAGAAGAAAGGAGAGAUGCUCGACAAGAUGAGAAGUGAGAGCCGGAGCCAGUGCUGGUGGGAAGCCCCGAUAAGCGUGCUUGACUUGGAGGAACUGGAGCAACUGAGGAACGCCAUGGACGAGCUCGGGAAUGUUGUGGCCGCUCAGAUAGCCGACAUUGUCGACGGUACUUCUAAGUUGUUGGCUAUGAGCAACACAAUGGUUUUGGAUGAAUUUGGAGCUCUUGAGACGAAACCACAGGGGAACAUGGUCAAUAGUCACAACAAUCAUCCCACCUAUAACUUUAAAUUGGACCAAUUUGAUGGUUCGAUUUAUAUCUAAACACCAUGCUAGUGCCUUACUAGCUAGCCAAAUGAUAUUACUAUAUUUUUUGACAUAGCUCUAGGUUGAAUUCAACCAAGAGUUGGGGUUUUUUUUGGAAUACAUCAAAUGUUAGAUCAUAAUUAAUGGAAUUGUUAUUG